AUGGCUGGAAUUCAUCAUCAGAUGUUGCAUGAUGUCCACAAAACCUCAAAGAACAGCGCCUCCCCAGUCAAACUGAACCUCCGGAAGCGAGGAGCGAGGCGGAACCUCUUCGGAAAGCCGCGGGAAAGGCGCGUGUCGGCCGCUCACUGGCGCAGCUGCUGCCGCCUGCGCCACUGUCCUGCCCCGCCCCGGCGUUGUCGCAGGUGCCGUCGCGGACCGAGCGCGGCCCCUGGCAUGGGCUGGAAAGGGGAUGAGAGUGGCGCGUGUGCUGCAGCUGCAAGACCAGUGACAGGAGCUUGCCGUAAAAUGGGCCUUCUGACUAUGCUUACUGGGCUAUGGCUGUUUUCCUCAGUUAAGGCAGAUUCAAAAGCCAUUACGACCUCUCUUACAACAAAAUGGUUUUCCACUCCAUUGUUAUUAGAAGCCAGUGAGUUUUUAGCAGAAGACAGUCAAGAGAAAUUUUGGGAUUUUGUAGAAGCCAGUCAAAAUGUUGGAUCAUCAGAUCAUCACGGUACUGAUUAUUCCUAUUAUCAUGCAAUAUUGGAAGCUGCAUUUCAGUUUCUGUCACCACUACAGCAGAAUUUGUUGAAAUUUUGUCUGUCUCUUCGCUCAUACUCAGCUACAAUACAAGCCUUCCAGCAGAUAGCAGCUGAUGAACCACCACCAGAAGGAUGUAAUUCAUUUUUUUCAGUGCAUGGAAAGAAGACUUGUGAUUUUGAUACCCUUGAGACUCUUCUACUAACAGCUUCUGAAAGACCAAAACCUUUAUUGUUCAAAGGAGAUCACAGAUACCCCUCAUCUAAUCCUGAAAGCUCAGCGGUUAUUUUCUACUCUGAGAUUGGCUCUGAGGAGUUUUAUAAUUUCCACCGACAACUUGUUUCAAAAAGCAAUGCAGGCAAAAUAAAUUACAUAUUCAGACAUUAUGUAUCAAAUUCCAGGAAGGAACCUGUUUACCUCUCUGGCUAUGGUGUGGAGUUGGCCAUUAAGAGCACUGAGUACAAGGCCAAGGAUGAUACUCAGGUGAAAGGAACUGAAGUUAACACCACAGUGAUUGGUGAAAGUGAUCCUAUUGAUGAAGUUCAGGGAUUUCUCUUUGGAAAGUUAAGAGACCUGCAUCCUGACCUGAAGGGACAGUUGAAAGAACUCAGGAAGCAUCUCGUUGAGAGCACCAAUGAAAUGGCACCUUUAAAAGUCUGGCAGUUGCAAGAUCUAAGUUUUCAGACUGCUGCACGAAUCUUGGCUGCACCUAUUGAGUUAGCUCUCGUAAUUAUGAAGGAUCUCAGUCAAAAUUUUCCUACCAAAGCCAGAGCAAUAACAAAAACAGCUGUGAGUUCAGAACUUAGAGCUGAAGUGGAAGAGAAUCAGAAGUAUUUCAAGGGAACUUUAGGAUUACAGCCUGGAGAUUCAGCACUAUUCAUCAAUGGACUUCAUAUUGAUUUAGAGACACAAGAUAUAUUCAGAUCCCUGGACUUCAUCCAGAAGUAUUUCAAGGGAACUUUAGGAUUACAGCCUGGAGAUUCAGCACUAUUCAUCAAUGGACUUCAUAUUGAUUUAGAGACACAAGAUAUAUUCAGUCUGUUUGACAUAUUGAGGAAUGAAGCUCGAGUGAUGGAGGGUCUACAUAGACUGGGAAUAGAAGGCCUUUCUCUGCAUAAUGUCUUGAAACUGAAUAUACAGCCCUCUGAGGCUGACUAUGCUGUGGACAUCAGGAGCCCUGCUAUUUCGUGGAUCAACAACCUGGAAGUUGAUAGCAGAUACAAUUCAUGGCCUUCUAGUCUACAAGAAUUGCUUCGCCCCACCUUUCCUGGUGUAAUCCGACAGAUCAGGAAGAACUUGCACAACAUGGUUUUCAUAGUUGAUCCAACUCACGAAAGCACUGCAGAGUUGAUUAACACAGCUGAGAUGUUCCUCAGUAAUCAUAUACCACUAAGGUAACAUCAUUGUUGAUUU